GAGAGGAGAGUCCUUCAUCCUUUCCUGAAUAACAUGAUGAAUUGUGGAAGCUGUGAUUGAAAAUUCUAAUCACAGCCUUGCAGUCCUUCAGAUCGCAACCGUUGACAGUUGAUUCACUCCUUUUCAUGCCUGCUGCCUUGCACUGCUUAUGGUGUCUCUUAUGCAUGAAUCUAUCAUUAGCACACAAAGCAUGAUGGAUUGGUUGGGAAACCUCUGUCCUCAGAACCUGGGAAAUGCUUCUUUUUCAGAAUCGCAGAGCCUGUGUGUGACACCGUCAUGAAUGAGAGAAGGAAGUAAUACACUAUUGGAUGUGCCCGCUUGCUGCCAGUUUUGAGACGCAGUAAAAAUGAUGCAUUGUGGGGAAUCACUCCAAAAGGGUGAAUGAAAUGAACUGUCUGCAUUCUAGUAUCUGAGGAGCUGAGUUAUUCUCUUGGAGAGUUGUUCUAAAUGAGCCUGGCCAAGAUACUGGAUCUGUGUGAAGAGGACUAAGGAUAUAAUAGGAUGUCAACUGAGACAGAACUUCAAGGGGCUGUUAAAACCAGCACAAAGAAAGACUCGAAGAAGAAAGGUCAGGAUCGCAGCGAAGCCACUUUAAUAAAAAGGUUUAAAGGCGACGGUGUUCGAUACAAAGCAAAACUCAUUGGGAUAGACGAAGUUUCUGCGGCACGAGGCGACAAGUUAUGUCAAGAUUCCAUGAUGAAAUUAAAGGGAAUUGUUGCUGCAACUCGUUCAAAAGGGGAACACAAGCAGAAAAUAUUUUUAACUAUCUCAUUUGGAGGAAUCAAAAUCUUUGAUGAGAAGACAGGCCUACUACAGCACCAUCAUGCAGUUCAUGAAAUUUCAUACAUCGCAAAGGAUAUCACAGACCAUCGGGCCUUCGGAUAUGUGUGCGGAAAGGAAGGGAAUCAUAGAUUUGUGGCAAUAAAAACAGCCCAGGCAGCGGAGCCUGUAAUUCUGGAUUUGCGAGACCUCUUUCAACUCAUUUAUGAAUUGAAACAAAGGGAAGAGCUGGAAAAAAAGGCACAAAAAGAUAAACAGUGUGAACAAGCAGUGUAUCAGACAAUUUUGGAGGAAGAUGUAGAAGAUCCUGUUUACCAGUACAUUGUGUUUGAGGCUGGACAUGAGCCAAUCCGUGAGCCUGAAACAGAAGAAAACAUUUAUCAGGUUCCUACUAGCCAAAAGAAGGAAGGUGUUUAUGAUGUGCCAAAAAGUCAACCUGUAAGUCUGGAGAAUGGAAGCCUGUUGUUGGACAUAGAUGAAAAUCUUGGUAGAGUCACUCAGGCUGUUACCCAACUAGAGCUGUUUGGGGACAUGUCCACUCCUCCUGAUGUAACCUCCCCCCCUACCCCUGCAACUCCAGGUGAUGCCUUUAUCCCAUCUUCAUCCCAGUCACUUCCUGCUGGCGCAGAUGUAUUUAGUUCUGUACCUUACAGCACUGCUGCUGUACCCUCAGGUUAUGUUGCAAUGGGAGCUGUCCUGCCCUCCUUCUGGGGACAACAACCUCUUGUUCAACAACAACUGGCCAUGGGUGCUCAGCCUCCAGUUGCUCAGGUGAUGCAGGGAGGACAGUCAAUUGCAUGGGGACAACCUGGGAUAUUUUCUCCCACCCAGCAACCAUGGCCAUCUGUAGCUGGUCAGUUUCAGCCUGCUGCCUUCAUGCCAACACAAACUGUAUUGCCUUUACAAGCAGCCAUGUUUCAAGGUACCAUUGCUCCCAUUGCUACCGUUCCACCUACAAGCGAUUCCACCAGAUCCAGUCCGCAGACAGAUAGGCCUAGGCAGCAAGCAGGAAAAGAAAUGUUCAAAGAUUUCCAGAUGGCUCAGCCUCCGCCAGUGCCAUCACGAAAACCAGAUCAGCCUUCCCUCAGUUGUACCUCAGAGGCCUUCUCCAGUUACUUUAACAAAGUUGGGAUGGCACAGGAAGCAGAUGAUUGUGAUGACUUUGACAUCUCUCAGUUAAAUUUGACUCCUGUGACUUCUACAACGCCAUCGACGAACUCACCUCCAACUCCUGCUCCUAGACAAAGUUCUCCAUCCAAAUCCUCAGCAUCUCAUACCAGUGACCCUGCUGCAGAUGACCUCUUUGAAGAGGGCUUUGAAAGUCCAAGUAAAAGUGAAGAACAGGAAGCGCCUGAUGGAUCUCAGGCCUCAUCCAACAGUGAUCCAUUUGGUGAGCCCAUUGGUGAUACUGUAAGUCCACAGGGCGAUAGCUAGAUAGCGCAGGUUGGGGUAGGUAUCUGUCCUUUUAUCUCUGUCACUUUUGAGCUAUUCAUAUUCACCAUUGCCUGCCUUCAUUUACAUUGAUGCUAGCCACUUACAUAAUAUAUUCCACAUAUACAAUAUGGAAUAUUUCAUACCUUCAUUUCACUACUUCUCACACCAUUUGCAUCACUGGUUGAUAAUUCCAUUCCAGGUGGUGCACUUUUGUGUUGUCAGAAUAAUAAUAAUAAAACAAUACAACCCUAGGGAAAAUAUAUAUUACAGCAACUGUGAAAUGAGAUUAAAAAAAAUUCCUUCCAGUAGCACCUUAGAGACCAACUAAGUUUGUUAUUGGCAUGAGCUUUCGUGUGCAUGCACACUUCUUGAGAUACGAAGAAUGUGAAAUGAGAGAUUACCAACAACAGGUUCAUAGUUGUUGUUUUUCUUACAGAGUAUUGAUGAUCUCCAAUUUCUGGUAUUCAUGAUUAGCAUUUAAGAUAUUUGUAUUUUGUGCAUUUUAUCUUUUUCUGAUAGAAAUUGCAAAGUGGCAGGCAAUGUUCAUCCAGGACUGAAAUGAUAUCAGUAGUGCAACAUAUUUUCUAAGAGAAUGAAUUAAGCACCAUCAAUAAAUUAAGAUGUGCCUUCCCACUCUGUGGCCACAAUAAUGGUCAGCUGGAAAACCUAUUAGCUAAAGGGUCUAAUGAAAAUAUUAAAUUACAAUGUUGAUGUCUAUGGGUUAACAACCCAUUGAUACAGAGAACAUAUAACCCAUUUUAAAUAUAUAUUUUCCAUGACAAAAUGCUAAGACAACACAAUUGCUUUAAUCGUUAACUGCACGCUGCAUGUUGUGGGUGUUGAUAGAUGUUUUAUGAGGGUGACUGUGGCUAUUUUUAUUCUGGCAUCUGUGUUUUGUCAGAAAGAUUGUGAUGCUACAGUGCCUGUGAGUGUUGAACAUCCCCAUCUCAUCUCAAUGUAUUCCAAUGCUGCCAUAUGAAAAAUGUUUCUUUUAUUACACUGUGCUGUGAUUUGAAACAGUUCAAGCACUAUGUGAUUUAUUGCUCAUCUUUCUGUGUAUGGAGCAUAUGACACAAAUUAAUGGAAAUGGUGGAUUUAUUUUUAGUGCAUAAUGUGCAUCGGUUUCCAGGCUUUUAAGAAUGUGCUCCCAACUACAGAUAUCUGAAUGUACUAGCCGCUAUCCAAUAGUCCCUUUCCCAUGAGCCUCAAACCAUUUCUGCCCUCACCUGAAACCACUGUCAUCCCUAAAGUCUGCGCUGUCUUACUUCCUCCGUUACUUAAAAAAAAGAGAGAGAGGUAAAUUUGAAAUGUUUGCUUUGUCAUUUGUGGCUUUAGAUGUCUAAGCGGUAUACAACUAAGGGGGUUUCAGACUCUUCAAUAACUACUUUGUCUCUUUAAAAAUGUACCUUUAUCCCACUUUCCCCAUCAGUUUGAACUAUACUAUUCAGCUUUGCUUUUUAAUGUUUGCACAUUGUAUGGCUCCA